AAGAAAAAGGAAAAGAAAAAAAAAAAAAAGAAAAAAAGAAAAAGAAAAAGAAGAAGAUGGUGGCACAAAUCAAGCCAAUGAGCAAAACGCCACACGGUCUCUCGGACCGAGUAUCCCGGAUAACGCCCUUGUAGGUGAUAAAAAAAGCAAAAGACCCAGCUCAAGCCGCUGACAUGCAGGGGCGAGCGUUUUGCCAGAAACGUCGAAUAGAGCCACCCAAAUGCGUUGGUGGGGUUUGGGAAAAAGCAAAAAUGAAGUGCGCCGCCGGAUCGAAGGAAACCGAAGAUGAUGGAUAAGCUGAAAUGAGGUUUUUUAUGCACAGAGGAAAUCGGAAAGAUGCUCAAAGAAACGACUGUUGGUGGUAUCUCGUUCUACGCGAUAGGACGGAAAGUUGGAAAGGUGGCGGCGGCGCGGGUAUGAAUGUAGAGGUCAAGGGCGUUGUGGCGGAGAUCUCAGAUCGAGAAGAGAUGAGGAGAAGAUUGAGGAGAGUUGCGCUUGCCGAUAAACACGCUGGUAUGAUAAUGAUGCUGAUGAUAAUGAUGAUGGCAACGCUAUGCUGGUAGGAGAAGAUGUUGAAACGGUCGUUGGUAGCAUGUGCGGAAUUGCAGGAACCGUGCUGCUAGGUGGAAAUUGUGGGUCGAAGGUGAUGAAUUGCGGGGUGCUGUACAAGACCACCGCAAGAAUGUAACUGAUUGGCGC